ACGAUAUCGAAGAAGGAGCUCAUUUCCGCACUCGAGUUACUACGGUACCAGCAGCAUGAGCAACCCGUUCGAGGACCCGUCAGUGAAGGCCGCGUCCUUCGAGCCUGCGACCUCGGUCCCGCUGGCGACCCCCGUCGUCGCUGCCUCGCCGGCGAGAGGCUCGAUUCCGCCGACGAGCCUGCCGCCAACAAACCAAAUCGCGAUUCCUGUCGCGGAUUCGCCGGCGCCCCACGAGAACCUCAUGGAAGAAAUGGGCUCCUCCAUCAAGCAGACCAAUUCGUCGACCAUCUUGCGCGUCAUGCAGCUCGGCAACGUGAUCCUCGCGGCCGGAACCAUCACGGCCGGUGUCAUGUCCUGGGUCGCAGGCCACGUGACGGACUUCCAGACCUUUAUUGCCAGCACGUACAUCAUUCUCUUUGGAUUUCUCUUGCUCGGGUUUGAGCUCCGCACGGACCGCCUCGAUGAGAUCAUGCGUCACAACUUCGGCUUUAUGUACGGCUACAAGACGCGCACGAUCUUCCUCCUCUUCAUUGCCAUUUGGCCCCUCUCCAUGGGCGGGUACUGGCUGACGAUUCUGGACGCGGUCUUGCUCUUCCUGAACGCCUUCUUCAACUUCUUCGUCGUCUAUCAUCACCCCGCGUUUUCGGGCGACGCGCCCCCCGAGUACCAGCCCACGACGCUGCCCAAGCUCCCAUUUCGCCCGGGCUCGCCGACCGCGGUCGUGCAACCCAGCAGCAACGUCGUGUAGAAGAAGCAGGACAGUUGACGACGCUAGCAAUAUAAACAAUCUAUAUUUCCCUUGCUUCCUUCCAA